UGAUCAACGCGGAAGCGCGUCGGCAGCUGCGUUCGCUCUGGGCUGCUUAGCCCAGGUGUGUUCCCAGCUCCAGAGCGGACUUCCUCAACAGACUUUCAGUGUGACUGGUCUCCGCCCACCGAGAGGGAUCCUGACUGCAACCCUGCAACUCUGACAUGUACCCGAGCGCAACAUUCGCCCUUCCUUCACCAGCCCCGUAGGCUAGGCCUCUCCAUCCCUGCUUUCUUAGGAAUCUGUAGCCGAGAACACCAGUUAGAGAGGACGUGAAUGUCUCCCGCCCGCCAUCCGAGGGAGGUGGAGUUUAGGGGCCGGCUGACCUGGUGGGCUCUGUAGCCCUGGUGGGGGAGGGGACCGUUCCUGAGGCUGCCUGCGACAAAGACCCUGGGGUCUUUGUUUGAAGCUCCAUCCUCUCCCCUCCCCCAGUGGGCCCAGUGCCCUCCAGAGCAGCCCUUCUCUCCCUGAAGCGGGCCCCUGCCUUAACGUCUUCCCUGUGUCUCAACGGGCUAAAUCCAGCCAGUCCAGCCCCACGUGCUCUGUCCCAAUCACAGAGAGCUGUGGGAGGAGGUACUCGUGCUCUUGUGGCCAUAAGGAAGCAAAUGUUGGAAGUAUGGAGCUGGGGAAGGGACAAGGUAGAAGGGGCCUCUCCUGGGCCUCACUUCUGUUCUGAAGCAGAAGCAAUGUCCCCCAGGGUUCACUAGUGGAACCACCAUUGGGAGAGCCCAGAGGUACAGAGAUAGACACAGGAAGAUAAGGCUUCCAAGGGUUAGGUAGAUGGCUAUCAGACAUAGGCUCAUUUAUAGGCUAGAGUUAGCACAGCCACUCCAGUCUCUUACCACCAUCCUCAACUGCUCCCUUAAUCAUCUCAGAUCCCUAGGACCAUUUACACACUUAACACACACACACAUAUUCAAUUCACUCACAGGACACCAUUCCCCAGUACCUGCCUAUCACCACUGGCUAGGGAUGGGUUCCAGGGCUUAGCUGAGCUUACAUAUCUAAACCUCACUGGCACAGAAUGCACUCAUGGCCCUGCGUCUCCCUGGAGGCUCCUGGUAACAGACACCCUCCCCCCAGGUGCAGAAAUCCAUGGCAACAGUAUAGAACACUUCCCUCUCUAGGCCUUCUGUGGGUUUAGGCCUCAGGUGAGUGUGGGGGUGAGUUUCUGGUUUGGAGGCACAUGAAUAAGGGUUAUAGGCAAAAGCUUAGCACCUCUGAUCUUAGCUCUAGGCUGAGCUUUAGGGGGACAAAGAGGAGACAUCAGGGAAUAUAUGUACAUACUUGGGACGUGCUUCCUGGGAGGUGACCUGCUGUCCUAGCCUGAAACAUACAGAGGAGGACACUCAUAUGACCAGCAGUCCUGUGUCCUGUUGGGUAGGCACAUGUGUAGAUCCCCUCAGAGAGAACUGGCAAAUGCUGCCUGGGCCUCUCUGACACCCAAAGAGAGCCCCAUGCGUUUCCCACACCUGGGACACAGGGCAGAUUCCAUCCUACCUCCUUCCUUUCCAGCUCCUGACCAACAUCGAGCAUGGCCCCUAAGUCUUGCCAGGAGUCUGAAGAUGAGCAGGUGUCCCCAGCUCCAGCAGGUGUAAAGCCAGACAGCAGUGACUUAGAGUCCCCAGUUGGCACACCUGUGGACACAGUGGCUCCUUCGAGUUCCCAGAGCAGUAAGCCCUACUGCGCAUCCAUACCAGUAGGCUGCUCUUUCAAGCAGCAGUUAGCUCCUGAAACCCUGGACCCACGUACCCUGAGACUGUUAUGGGAACAGAGAGAACUAGAGAUCCAGGCACUUCGGUGGGCUGUCCAGAAUAGCCAGAAUGCCCGAUACUACCACAUCCUGCAGGAGGUGGCAGGGAUUCCCCCUGAGCGAAGGGCUGAGAUUGCCCCUCCUACCAGGCACUCCAAAAGUCAAGACAAAUUCCUGCAGAACCAGGUCCAGAAGCUUACGCUGGAGCUGAAAGCCCAGAAGGAACAUGCUCAGCUGGAGAAAGAGCAGAUGGAGGAGAAACUUCGCCAGAACCUCUGUGCAAUGCAGCAGAUGGAGGCCGAGCUGCAGACCUUCGAGAAAUCAUGCCUUCUACAGCUGGCCCGUUCCUCUUGGGUGGGCCGCGUGAUUCGGUCUCAGACAGGCAGUGUAGAGGUGGUUACUGCAGAGGUUCUAAGAGACCCUACUGACUCCUCUGAUUAUGUUGAGGUUCCCUCUGGCACGGAGGGUUUCCGAUUGGAGGAUGUAGAUUGGAACAGCGUUGCCCAACGAUAUCCCAACCUCUUCUCCAACAUGAGUUUCCACUCAGAACAAAAGCUGCUCCAGCCCCACCCGUCCUACGAUAUGGAUACCUGGGACUCGGAGUACGCCAUCAAGUCUAUGGAGAAGCCUGGCAAAAUCCUGGAGUGGAGCGCCUUGCCUUUGGUAGACUCCAGCAGCUCAGGGGGAACCGACUCUGACUCUAACAGCUACCAGAUAGUUCAGCAUUCUGGAACAAAGAAGGUGUCGGACCACCCGGCCCAGGGAACAGACUUAGCUGCUUCUGAGCAGAUUCAGGAGUGCACUAGGAGCUUCAGUGGACACAUGGAAGAUCCCCAUAAGAGGCGCUCAGCGUCGUUCAGCAAGACUGUUCUGGAGUCCUGUACAGACCUUCACCACCAGUACGCAAGGCCCCAGCUGAACCUACUUGGCUGCUCCUUGAAGAUCACUGCCGUCAGCCACCGAGAGAAGUUCAUCCGCAUCCUCAACCAGUCUCAGGCCGAGACUGUCGACCUGGGUGGCUUUGUUCUGAAGCAGCUUGUGAGGGACUUCCCCGUGUGCAUGUACCGAUUCCCGCCUGGUACUCUGCUAGCCCCACAGCACCAUAUCACGGUAUGGGGCGAAGGAACUAGCAGGACCAAGAAGCAGCUGCCAGUGUCCUCGGGCCAGGACCCCUUCUACUUCCAAUCCAGUCGAGGCUGUGUGACAGUACUAGUCAACCCUCAAGGCCAGGUCCUCAGUGAGCAUCAAGCUGCACCCUGCAUGACCCUGGGCUCGAAGAUCUUCAAAGACAACACUGACUGGUCCAUUGACCGCUUCCCGCUCUCAGAGUCCGAGCCCAAUGCUGACCCUGGCGAAGAGCAGCGUCGUCCUCCAUCCCCACACAAGGGCAGGGUGCGGGGUGCUGGGACCAGGCGCAAGAAGCCGGGGCCAGGUGUUCGCCAGCAAAGGCUCUCCCGCGCCAGCACUAGUGGACAGAGGACUUCAGGAUCUCUUCGCCCCAACGAGACACGGGAUAUCUUGCCGCUCCUGAGCACCCGCAAGCUUCUUUACCCUGGGGAAGUUCCUGCACAGCAGGAAGGUGUGAAGCCGGAGACAUCUGAGCUCCUCCCUGCAAUCCCAGAGUGUGCCUCAAGAAUGUGCCUCGAGGACUCGCUGGGUAGGCAGGAGCGGAAGGUCCAGGUGUGCCGGAAAAGCGUGGACCUGAGUUGCCCCAUGGUGGCCCUGUCAGUACAGAGCACAGCCGAGAGCAGAUAUGGCUUCCGCUUCCUCUGCUACCCUCCUAUCACCGAGGACUUGUCUCGGCGGUUGUAGGGCAGCCAGGCCAGGCAGGCAGUGCCAGCUGCAUAAUUUAUUGAACCAACCGUUGCUUACAAAGUAAAGCACAUUUCUGCACACUUGA